UGUGUAUGCAAUCGGAGACGUGGCGUUUUGUCUGGGCUUUGCCAUCGGACCCGCACUCUCCGGAACAUUAGUGCGAUGGUUUGGGUUCAGUGGUCUGUGCACAACGGCAGCGCUCGCCUGCUUUCUAUUCGCUCCGUUCAUGUAUUUCUUGAAAAAACCUCCGGGACGUCAGGAAAACCAGACAUUACUCAACGAAUCGGCCGUUAAAUACGUUAAUUACACGAAUGAAGAGUCACCCGAAGACGACACCGAUCUCAAGAGGAAUAUAUCGAAGAGUGUUAACCAUAAUUGGGUG